AUUGGCUGUAUCUAGAUCCAUGUUACUAGAGUUGAUGUUGGUGGUCGUUGUGGCUGAAAUUUUGCCUGACGCACUGUCAUUGAUGUCGUCAGCUGAUGUGUUGGCAUCGUCAGAGACAUCCAAAGAAGUAGUAGUAGUAAUGGGUUCAAUGACACCAUUGUUACUAGAAUUUGUACUGGCAGCUCUAGACCGCGUAGCGAUGGUAGCGUUGAGCAUAGGGUUUGUCAUUGACAACAGUUUUUUUUUUUUUUUAAAAUUAAAAAUUGGUGGAAAAAGGGGUAACAAACGAUAGUUUCAAAUUAUUAUACUCUUCACAAAAAAAAUGUUCU